AUAUUUUUUGUUGUUUCUUGUCCAGAGAAUUCAUGUUACUCUUGUCGAAUUUCUUCCUCAAAUCUACUCAUGUAGACCUCCCUAACUCGAUCUAAAUUUCCACCAAAUAUCUUUUAAUUCCAAAGAUUCUUUAAACAGAAUCAUCAUCAUCAUGAAAGAGAUCAAGAAGACGAUGACGAAGCAGAUGACGGCGAGACGUGACGACACGCCGUUACACACGGCGGUUAGAGAAGGCAAAACGGAGCUUCUUUUGGAGAUGAUAGGAGACCACGACGGCGUGGAGCUUAAAGAGUUGUUGGCGGAGCAAAACCAGUCUGGUGAAACGGCUUUAUACCUUGCGGCGGAGUCCGGUCACACCGACAUGGUUAGGAUUCUGAUGAAACACUCCGACUCUGUGUUAGCCGGAACCAAAGCCAAGAACGGCUUCGAUGCCUUUCACAUCGCCGCCAAAAACGGGAAUCUACAGGUUCUUGAUGUGUUAAUAGAGGCAAAUCCAGAACUCUCAUUUACAUUUGAUUCAUCCAAAACGACGGCAUUUCACACGGCGGCUUCACAGGGCCAUGGAGAGAUUGUUUGUUUCUUGUUGGAUAAAGGUGUGGACUUAGCUGCUAUUGCGCGAAGCAACGGUAAGACCGCUUUGCACUCUGCGGCUAGGAAUGGGCAUACGGUGAUUGUGAAGGAGUUGAUUGAAAAGAAGGCUGGAAUGGUUACAAGAGUAGAUAAGAAAGGUCAAACCGCGCUUCAUAUGGCGGUUAAAGGACAAAACACUGAGAUUGUGGAUGUGUUGAUGAAGGCGGAUUCUUCGUUGAUCAAUGCCGCGGAUAAUAAAGGAAACACUCCUUUGCAUAUCGCAGUCCAAAAAAACAGAGUAGAGAUUGUUCAGACAGUUUUAAAGUAUUGUGAAGUCAGUAGAGUGGCGGUUAAUAAAUCAGGAGAAACAGCUCUUGAUAUCGCUGAGAAAACUGGACUGCACGAUAUUGUACCGCUUCUGCAAAAGAUCGGUAUGCAGAACGCAAGAUCCAUCAAGCCAGCUGAAAAAGUGAAACCAUCAGGCUCUUCAAAGAAAUUGAAAGAAACCGUUAGCGAAAUAGGCCACGAGGUGCAUACUCAGCUUGAACAAACCGGGAGAACAAGAAGAGAGAUCCAAGGAAUCGCUAAACGGGUCAACAAAAUGCACACGGAAGGACUCAACAACGCGAUAAACUCCACUACCCUAGUUGCCAUUCUCAUAGCAACCGUUGCUUUCGCAGCGAUUUUCAACGUUCCAGGCCAGUACACGGAUGACCCGAAACAAGUUCCUCCAGGAUAUUCACUCGGAGAAGCGAGAGCAGCUCCAAGACCAGAGUUCUUGAUUUUCGUCGUGUUUGAUUCUUUCGCGCUUUUCAUCUCUUUAGCCGUGGUUGUGGUUCAGACAUCAGUGGUAGUUAUAGAGAGGAGAGCAAAGAAGCAAAUGAUGGCUAUAAUCAACAAACUCAUGUGGAUGGCUUGCAUUAUGAUCUCAGUAGCGUUCGUAUCGCUGUCUUUUGUUGUUGUUGGAAAAAAAGAGAUGCCUUUGGCGGUUGGUGUAACCGCCAUUGGAGCUUUGAUCAUGGUUUCAACACUUGGUACUAUGUGUUAUUGGGUGAUUGCUAACCGAAUUGAAGGCUCUAAAUCAUCUCCAGCGUCAAUGAUGUCAGAUCCUGAGUUAGCUGAUUCCAAGCAUAACCGGAAACUUUAUGCGGUUUGAUUGAAGUGAAAACAGAGCACUUAGAUAUCAUUAAAGAACAGAGAGAUUUUUGUAUUCAGAAAUAAAAGAGAUAUCUCUUGUGUUCAUAGAUUCUGUAUAUGUAACAAAUGGAAAAUAGUAUAAAUCAUCUGUAUAAGCUUUGACA